AUGCAUAUCAAGAACCCUCAAUCUGCACUUCUCUCCAACCACGAAGUAUACCAACACAUCCGCUCAGAAUCCGACUACUAUCUCUCCAGAGAGCACAACCGCGACAAGACCCUCUCCAACGUCCGAGAGAUACUACAAGAUGGUCUGCGAUAUUUCGAGGGCGACCCCAAUGCCGCCGGCGACGUCGCGCAGUGGACUAACCCCGCGAAAGAAAUAUCCGAUUGCCACGCUGAGCGCCCAAUGACGCUGUACAAAGGGCCGCACUCGUUGCUCCGCGCGUUGGCUCCGAAGUAUCGGCUGAACAAGGCGGAGUAUCUGCAGCUCUACAAUGUGCGGCCGACGUCGCGGAUCACGCUUGAAUUGAUCAUUGAAGAGGCAACGACGCGGUUCAGUGAAGAGGAGCUAGAUGACAUGCUGCAGCAGGUGCUGAAUGUCUUCUAUGAGGAGGAAGCGAAUAUUCCCGCGGGCGUGGAGGACCAAGAGAUGGAGAAGUUGCCCGAUGAGAUGCUUGGUGAUUCGAGGAGGAAGCAUAAAAAGAAGCUGAAGCGGAGGGCAUGA